AUGUAUGUAGUGGGUCUGUCGAGAGGGCUGCGCCGUCCCCCGGCCCCCAGCUCUCCCCGCCAGCGCCCCCCUAUUGUUGCGCACAGAAGGUGAGACACGGUUCCCAGAUGUUCGCAUAUUUUGCCUCUCUGCCCGUCAAUUCUGCCUGUAGUGCCUCUGCCGCUCUAAUGUCUUCGACCCUGUGAAUCCACUCUUCUCUUGUGGGGAUGUCUGUAUUCUUCCAGUAUACUGGAAUGAGUGAUUUGGCAGCGUUCAGUAGAUGGCACAGUACAGAUUUUUUGUAUGCGGAUAGUGGUUGUGAGGAGAUGUGCAGUAAGGCCAGUUCUUGUGACCAUUCAGUGUCGUUCCCAAGGAUUAGGAGAACAUCUGAUUUGAGUCGAUUCCAAAAUGGUGCGAUAAGUCUGCAUUCCCACCAGAUGUGUAAUAGAGUCCCGUUGUCCUCCUGGCACCUCCAACACGUUGGCGCGACAGCAGGGAAGUUAAAGAGUAAUUCUUAACAGUCGAAUAAUAAUACAUGAAUGUGUGCAAAUAUUUAGAACACAAGUGAUAUUUUUUUUUGUGAAUCGUAUAUGUAGUCUUCAGUGCCUGUUUAUUUAUGUGUUCGUCGUCCAUUUUUGAGUUUACUAAAUUUAAUAAAAUUAUUAUAGUUGUAAUUGUCAAAAUUAACAAUGUAAAAAAAAUUUCAGUAUUAUUUAAGAGAAGUGUUGGCGCCAACAAUCACACUACAUGUUAUUCUUAUUUUCUUUUGUCAUCCCUUUUAUUGUUUUAAAAACAUAGACAAAAUGUCAAAGUGUUUAGUUGUAGGCUGCAGAAACAGUCACACUAAACAUUCACCAGAUUGCUCUUUCUUUAAUUUUCCAAGUACACCGGACAGAAUUAAAGAAUGGCUUUUAGCCACAGGUGACGAAUUUGUCAACCUAGAUGGCUCAAUUCAAUUAAUCAUGGAAAAACAAAAAAGUGAGAUUUUCAAAAUUUGUUCGGACCAUUUCACAUCAGAUAUGAUAGUAAAGUCUGAAAGGAGAACACGAUUGGUUUUAAUGGCAAAACCAACUAUUUUUGUAAAAGCUAAAGUUUUACAAACUUUACACGAUAUGACUUUAAGGAGAGCAGAAAACAGUAGUGAUAUAGAAAUGUUAGACCUCAGUGCUCCGUCAGCGGACCGCAGUGCUUCAACAGAGGGACACAGUGCUCCGUCAGAGGACCUCGGUGCUCCGUCAGAAGACCUCGGUGCUCCGUCAGAGGACCUCGGAGCUCCGUCAGAGGACCUCGGAGCUCCGUCAGAGGACCUCGGAGCUCAGUCUGAGACAUCUAUUUACGAUCACGAGUAUAUAGCAGGUUUCCAUUACAAACUGGCUUUUGAUAAAUCAUUUAUGAACAUAGCUACCAACACCACAAAUUUAACAAUGAUUGCCAAAGGUGUAUCAACUUCAAAAUACUACGGAAGGCGGAGCAGGUCUACACAAACCCACAGUGUAAUUCAAACAAGUGAUGUAUCCACCAAUAUAAUUGGUUUGAAUCCAACAAAGGAUGUCUGGACUUGGACUGGUCCUACAGAAGAAUUUGCAGGAUCCAUUGACAAUUCACCAAACGCUGCAAUUGUACAGCAAACAGAUACUAUAAAAAAGGUUUGCACUAUGCCAGGUGCAAUGCCAAUGGAGACAGAACUACUGUUAUCCCCAAAUUCACAACAGUCCGUUCCUGUAGAAAACAUAGAUACGCCAUUCUCAAACAUUUCUUCAAUUACAAGAGUAUCGGAAAUGGAUGCAACUCUCAAUGUUUCAGAAUUCAAUGACCCGAUUUACAGUCCCGAAGAAGAAACAACCGAUAUUGGCGAUCUAACAUUUUUAACAGAGCCCUCUCCUGAGGAUUAUGUUUCAGAAAAGAAGUUUAUUGUGUUUGAAACUUCUCUCGAUUUAUUGAUCAAAAAGGUUCAAACAUGUACUUUUCACGAACCAUGUAACGCUCCAAUAACAAACACAGAAAAAAUUAUAUCAGGCACUCUGUUAAAAGUAUACACUGUAUGUGAAUCAAAUCAUUGUUGCGAAUUUUGGAGCAGCCAGCCUAUGAUUGGGAACCGUUCUUGUGGAAAUUUAUUAGCAAGUGCAUCAAUUUUGUUCAGUGGUUCGCACUUUGCUAAAGUUGCGGAACUUUUUGCAAUUUUUGGAGUGCCGUUUAUUUCACAAUCCAUACAUUACAUAUAUCAAAAACUAUUUUUAUUUCCAAUAAUCGAUCAUCAUUAUAAGAAAGAAAGAAGAUUAUUGAUAGAUGGUUUACGUGGAAAAAUGGUAUGUCUGUCAGGAGAUGGGCAAUGUGACAGCCCUGGAUUUAAUGCCAAGUACUGCACGUAUUCACUUUUGGAGGAAAAAUCGCAAAAAAUAAUAGAAUGUCAAACAAUUCAAGUGAGUGACGCAAAAUCAUCUGUUGCUAUGGAAUCACUGGCAUUCAAAAGUUGCAUGGACCAAGUACUAGCCGACAAAAUUCUAAUUUCAAUUCUCGUUACCGAUCGUCAUGUAAGCAUAAGGAAAAUCAUGAGAGAGAGAUACAAAGCCAUUAAUCACCAAUUCGAUAUAUGGCACUAUUGUCGGAGCAUUCGGUUAAAACUAUCAACCAUAUGUCGCCAAGCGAUGUACAAGGAAUUGGUUCCGUGGCAAAAUUCGAUAAUAAAUCACAUGUGGGCAGCUUGUUCAUACAGCAAAGGAAAUCCAAUUUUGUUAAAAGAGAAAUGGCUGUCGGUAAUGCAUCACAUUAUAAACGAACAUGAAUGGGACUCUGCAACACUUUUCAAAAAAUGUCAACAUGCGGAAUAUGAUCAAACUCUUGAACAGAAAUCCUGGUUGAAAAAAAUGGAGUGGCAUACUCCAAACUUCGAAGCUUUGUCACAGAUUCAAAAUUAG